GCGGAAAAAAGUAUAGCUGGAGAAGGGGGGAGAGGGAAAAAGGAGGAAAGCUCCCAGAAAUGGGGUCAAAGUCUGGAUUGUUUUAAGUCUCUCCUUGUCUUUUGUACGGCACGGCAAAACGUAGACCCGAUUCCUCCCAUCUCAGAAAGACCGGCCAACGACUUUCCGCUCGCUCUGUUUCGAUUCCCUCCCAUUCUUCACGCGGAUUUCUGGAAUUCCUAAGACCACCGAGCCGUCUUCUGUCUUAAAUUCCGCACGAAAAUCCGUCCGAAUCGAAGUCGCACGUUCGCUCUCGCAAAUUCCGAGGCCCUUCUGCUUCGACUAGAUUGCUUUUCGCCUCCGUUUCUGCGGGAAUCCUCGUUCCGGUCACGGUUUCGGAGCUCGUCGAUCUCCGAUGGGGACGCCGGAGUUUCCUGAUCUGGGAAAGCACUGCACCGUCGACGACUGCAAGCAGAUCGAUUUCCUUCCCUUCACUUGCGAUCGCUGCAAUCAGGUAUUCUGUCUGGAGCACCGGAGCUACGUCAAACAUCGAUGUCCGAAAGCUGAUAGGAAAGACGUCACAGUUGUUAUCUGUCCUCUCUGUGCAAAAGGUGUCCGGCUUAAUCCCGAUGUAGACCCAAACAUUACUUGGGAGUCCCACGUGAAUAUAGAGUGUGACCCCUCGAAUUAUGACAAAGUCACAAAGAAGAGAAAAUGCCCUGUACCUGGUUGCAGGGAGAUCCUUACAUUUUCGAACACAAUUAAGUGCAAAGACUGCACUUGGGAUCACUGCUUGAAGCACCGGUUUGGUCCAGACCACAAUUGUGCAGGUCCAAAAAAACUCGAGACUACUUUCCCCUUUGUCAAUUUUUUGAACAGGAGUAAAAAGGAAGUUUCAAAAUCAAGUGGAGCUCCAGCAACAUCUUCCAAGUGGACGGCGAGCAUUCUUAAUGCUGCUUCAACGGUUCGAGCCUCAACAGAAGCGGGCAUGGCAAAAUUGAGUAAUGAAUUAAACCGAGCAUUGCAAAUUGCGAAGGACGGGGCAGGGCAGAGUGGCAGCAGCGUUAGUGGGGGUGGUAGUGGAAGUGGAAGCAGGCAGCGAGAGGAGUGCCCACAGUGCGGUGCAAAGUUUUCAGAUGUGACAUCUCUCAUAGAACAUGUGGAAAAAGUCCAUGAGAGCAGCGGUAACCGCGCUCCUGUUCGAAAGGUCACAAUUGAUGUAUGCCCCAAGUGCAGUAGAGGAUUUCGUGAUCCCAUUGCUCUUGUGGAACAUGUUGAAAGGGAUCAUGGUGGUACUUCAACAGCUUAGUAAGCUAUUCUUUGUGAUGUUACAAAAGCGACAUGUCAAUGGCAGAUCUUUGGAGAUAAUUCUUUUCAUCGUUCAAUUAUUGGCGAAUGUUCAGUUUGUUUGAAUGCAGCGGACCUAUUUGUCUGAGGCCUCAUUCAUGACUAUUCCGCAAGUGUACAGAUAUCUGUGAGAGGAUGUGCAAGAGGAAAGGUGGAGUUGUGGGAAAAUAGAAAGAAUUUCAAGCUUUCUGAUUGUGAACCACUCUCUCUUAGUCAUGCAAACAACUCUUUGUUGUG